AUGUCGCAACAACCUUCUCAGCAAGAGCAGGGGCAGCAGCAACAACAACGGCAGUAUCGCUACACUUUGACAUAUCCUGCCUCAUCCACAACCUAUCAACCAAAGCAGCAGGAAUACGCUGAUGGUUCAAAUCA